CUCGUCGGCCCUCUUAUCAAAAACUCGCCGGCAAUAUGAAAAUAAUGCAUGUCUUGGUCACAUGAGCUUCUUCUCGUAUAUUAAACUUCUGUAAAAUAUUUAUUUUACUAUGUUUGACAUAGUGGUGUCGUAUUAAAAGCUUGAGAACCACUGUAUCACUUGCUUGCGAAGCAAAAGCGAAAAGUUUAAGGUCAAGAAUCAAACGAAUAGCAGAAUGUUGUAUCAGCACAUUAUCCGAGGCACAUUUUCCACAUUCACGAGUUAUCUCAAGAUGCAAGACACUAAUCAGUUCUACUCCAGCACCCGUGCAAAAUGGUUCACCGGAUUCGCGCCGUGAUCAUCAUCAUUAAAAUUGUUCUCAUUGUAAACCUCCUAAGCCCCGUCGAGAGUAACCGAAAUGUACGAAUAAGACCACGCAAACCGAAACAUGCAGAUCUAGAAAGUAACGCCGUGCUUCAGUCGGAAACCGUACCCUGCUCAUGUGCUAUCUUUCUCACGGGACAAUUCAACAAGCAGAACCGGUCGGAGCCACCCCGUGGGAAUCCGGGCAUUCAGAUGGAGCUGCUGCAGCAGUAUCCCUGUACCGCAUCGGGAAACAAACAAUGCUCAAAUCGCUGCCUGGACGCCAUCCUCAAGCACUUACCUAAUUCGCCGGCGCUGAUAUGCGGAACCAUUGAUCGGGACUGCUUUCGGGAACGAGCCUAUCUGUUCUACCAAAAUUGCUCGCCCCGUUGGGUCAACAGCAACCUGUCCGCCGGUAGGGAGUUCUGCUGCCAAAACGAUCGCCCGGUGCGGUGCGCGAAGAUGGCAGCUGUCAUCCGACAGUCGAUGCUCGCUGGUAACGAAACCACGUCGGUUAGUCAUUAUGGCGCGGUCAACGGAGAAGACUAUGUAGAAUCGUACGAAGUGUGAUGGAACUGUGAUACAUAAAUUAAUUCGAACUGAA